AUGAGCAACACCAGAUCAGGAAGCUCCAUAGGAAAUCCAGUCCAAUGCACCUAUUGUAAGAAGCAAGGCCACACUGAGGACAAGUGUUUCCAGAAGAAUGGAUAUCCACCAAGGAAUGGUGGAUAUAAGGGCAAAGCAUCUGCCAAUGCCACCUCAGCUGCUCCUGAUCAAGAGGAGAUCAAAAUCAGCAGAGCUGAUUAUGAGAAACUAAUGAUUCUCAUGAGGGACAAGGACACAGGUGGCAAACCACAGCAGAAUCCAACUCCAUCAUUCUCAGGUGCAACAUGGAUCCAACAGAAUCCAGGUACAUAUACUCUAAGUGCUCAAAACCAAUCACCUAGGCAUGCUUGGAUCCUUGAUACUGGUGCCUCGGAUCACAUUGUUUGUUCACUCAACUAUCUUGUGAAUCCUAGACAGGUUUCCAACAUUCCCAUAACUCUUCCAACAGUAGAUCAUGUUCAAGCUACACAUACUGGAACAGUCACAUGUGUAGCUGAUGCAGUGGUGGUGUUGGACGUACGUAGCGGCAGGCAUAUGUGA